AUGUUUUGGCUGCAGAUCUUCGGCCGGCUGGCUGGCGCCUCGGCUGUGGGGAGCGCACUGUGCAGCCCGUGGCCUUCUGCUGCUGCUGCAGCGAAGCAAAUAAUAUCAAAAGAAGAAAAGAAAAGUGGAGAAAAGAGAAAAAGAAAUUGGAGUGUGAAGGAGUGGCUGCAGCUGUCGACUCCUUCUUUGCUGCUGCGGCGGCCGCCGCGGGCUGCAGCAAAAGGCGCGCAGCAGCAGCAGCCCUGGGAGCUGCUGUUUGCUGCAGAUGCACAGAAAGCUGCGCAGCAGCAAGGCCUCACUUUGCUGCAGUUCGGCCAGCUGCUGCAGCAGCAAACUUUCUCAUGGCCCACAACUCUCAACACUGGCCAGGCUCCGCUGACCGCUCGUUUCGUGCCUGGGCUAAUAGAGUGGGAGCAGUUUCUGUACUUUCUAGAAGAGGCCCCGAGGGAGGGGCUGGGGGGGAGCGUGGACUGA